UCAAUUUUUCUUUAUUUUUAAAAUCAGAUCAUUUAAAGAAGUUAUUUACUACAAAUGACUCUACACACACACACACACACACACACACACACACACACACACACACACCUUUUUAAAGAAACACUAGAACCCCACCCCCUCUAGGCCAGAGGAAAACAUUACAGCUAUACACGCACUUGUGUCUGUUGCCGUAGAGUAAUACGGUAGCAGCAGGAGAUUACGGUACUAGCUGGGCUACUGCCUGUGUUACGUCAGCGAGAGCUGCAAAGUUCCUUGCUAUUCUUUUCUGGUGUCGGGGAGCUGAAUAUUAAAAGGGUGAUUGUGGAGUUACCAGUUAUCUGCAUUUUUUUUUUCUUUUCUUAUUUUGACUCUUUUUAAAAAAUGCAGGUAAAGUGACAGCGGGCCAGGAGCUUAAAGACAUCAGUGGUGGAGGGGUGAGUCAGCGGGUGCAAAAGGACGAGGAUUUGGUUCCUCGGAGAGACAGUCCCCUCUCCGCCUCCAGAGAAGAGCAGGCAGGCAGCUCCCGGGACCGAGGCCGGGUCCGCCUCCCCCGCGCGCGAGCUGGUGGCUCAGCAGCUGCGCUUCAGGUGGACGCGGUCAAACGAUGCACCGCAGCCGCCUGGGUCUCAGCACAUAUUUCACACCCACGUUCCCUGGCCUGUGCUCCUAGAAGCUGGAGAGAGCAGCAGCCUUCGGUGGGGCAGCUCAAAAUGUAGGUAACUGCGGGCCAGGAGCAGCGCCCAGAUGCCAUCCGUCCCUGCCUUUGAGCGUCGACGGCUGAUCCUUUGGUUUGAGGGGGAGACUGGCGCUGGAGUUUUGAAUUUCGAAUUAUGUGCAGAAUGCUGAAUCUUCCCCCAGCCAGGACGAAUCGGACAGCGCGGUAAAGCAGACUCUCGUAAUUCUGAAAUUGCAUGUUGCAAGGAGUCUCCUGGAUCUUCGCCCCCAGCCUCGGGUAGGGAGGGAGUCGGGGUCCCAGGCUGGGCCAGCCCAGCAGGUGGAGAGGGUCCCGGGCAGCCCCGUGCGCCCCUGGCCAUGUCUCCUUUAAUGCCCUGCCCCUUCGUGUGGCCUUCUGAGGGUUCCCAGGGCUGGCCAGGGUUGUUUCCCACCCGCGCGCGCGCUCUCACCCACAGCCAAACCCAGCUGGCAGGGUUCCCUCCAGCCGAGGCCUUUUGAUUCCCGGCUCCCGCGCUCCCGCCUCCGCGCCAGCCCGGGGGUGGCCCUGGAGAGCCGGACCUCGCCCGGCCCCGGCUGGGACCAUGGUGUUUCUCUCCGGAAAUGCUUCCGACAGCUCCAACUGCACCCAACCGCCGGCACCGGUGAACAUUUCCAAGGCCAUUCUGCUCGGGGUGAUCUUGGGGGGCCUUAUUCUUUUCGGGGUGCUGGGGAACAUCCUAGUGAUCCUCUCUGUAGCCUGUCACCGACACCUGCACUCAGUCACGCACUACUACAUCGUCAACCUGGCAGUGGCCGACCUCCUGCUCACCUCCACGGUGCUGCCCUUCUCCGCCAUCUUUGAGGUCUUAGGCUACUGGGCCUUCGGCAGGGUCUUCUGCAACAUCUGGGCGGCAGUGGAUGUGCUGUGCUGCACCGCGUCCAUCAUGAGCCUCUGCAUCAUCUCCAUCGACCGCUACAUCGGCGUGAGCUACCCGCUGCGCUACCCAACCAUAGUCACCCAGAGGAGGGGUCUCAUGGCUCUGCUCUGCGUCUGGGCACUCUCCCUGGUCAUCUCCAUCGGACCCCUGUUCGGCUGGAGGCAGCCGGCCCCCGAGGACGAGACCAUCUGCCAGAUCACCGAGGAGCCGGGCUACGUGCUCUUCUCAGCUCUGGGCUCCUUCUACCUGCCGUUGGCCAUCAUCCUGGUCAUGUACUGCCGCGUCUACGUGGUGGCCAAGAGGGAGAGCCGGGGACUCAAGUCCGGCCUCAAGACCGACAAGUCGGACUCGGAGCAAGUGACGCUCCGCAUCCAUCGGAAAAACACCCCGGCAGGAGGCAGCGGGGUGGCCAGCGCCAAGACCAAGACGCACUUCUCGGUGAGGCUCCUCAAGUUCUCCCGGGAGAAGAAAGCGGCCAAAACGCUGGGCAUCGUGGUGGGCUGCUUCGUCCUCUGCUGGCUGCCUUUUUUCUUAGUGAUGCCCAUCGGGUCUUUCUUCCCUGAUUUCAAGCCCUCUGAAACAGUUUUUAAAAUAGUAUUUUGGCUCGGAUAUCUAAACAGCUGCAUCAACCCCAUCAUAUACCCAUGCUCCAGCCAAGAGUUCAAAAAGGCCUUUCAGAAUGUCUUGAGAAUCCAGUGUCUCCACAGAAAGCAGUCUUCCAAACAUGCCCUGGGCUACACCCUGCACCCGCCCAGCCAGGCCCUGGAAGGGCAGCACAAGGACAUGGUGAGCAUCCCCGUGGGAUCAAGAGAGACCUUCUAUAGGAUCUCCAAGACGGAUGGCGUUUGUGAAUGGAAAUUUUUCUCUUCCAUGCCCCGUGGAUCUGCCAGGAUUACAGUGUCCAGAGACCAAUCCUCCUGUACCACAGCCCGGACAGAGUCUCACUCUGUCACCAGGCUGGAGUGCAGUGGCGUGAUCUUGGCUCACUGCAACCUCUGCCUCCCGGGUUCAAGAGAUUCUCCUGCCUCAGCCCCCCGAGCAGCUGGGACUACAGGGAUGCACCACCAGGCCCAGCUAAUUUUUAUAUCCUUAGUAGAGACAGGGUUUCACCAUGUUGGCCAGGAUGAUCUCGAUCUCUUGACCUCGUGAUCAGCCUGCCUCAGCCUCCCAAAGGGCUGGGAUUACAGGCGUGAGCCAACGUGCCCAGCCCAACUUUUUUUUUUUUUAAUCUUUUUUAACAAUGCAAACCUUUCUGUGGAUGAAAUCUUGCUCAGAAGCUCAAUAUGCAAAAGAAAGAAAAACAGCAGUGCUGGACAGAUGUUGGGAGUGGGGUAAGACCCCAACCACUCAGAACCACCCCCCAACACACACACACACAUUCUCUCCACGGUGACUGGUGAGGGGCCUCUAGAGGGCACAUAGGACUCCAUGAAGCACAGUUUAAGCACCACUGGACUACACAUUCUUCUGUGGCAGUUAUCUUACCUUCCCAUAGACACCCAGCCCAUAGCCAUUGGUU